AUGGUUCCACGAUAUAGGAUUGCAAAGCACAAGAAGAAACCCACUAAUAGACAUCGGAGGUGCGAGGUUGAGAGGCAACCAGCAUUUAUGCCAUAUGUGAAGGGAGUGACAGAUAAGGUUGCAAACAUUCUCCACAAAUACGCCAUUAAGACUGUCUUCACUCCUUUCCGGAAAGUUUCCCAGAUGCUGCGCUCGCCGAAGGAUAGCUUCCCUCUAGAAAGACCUGGUGUCUAUAAAGUGGACUGUAGUUGUGGCAAAUCAUAUAUCGUUAAGUGCAGAGAUGCGGACGUUAUCCCUGUAUGUGUGAGACUGAAACCUCGGCAGGACAUCCACAACUCCGCUAGUAUUCUACGGAACGCGAGUGUAAAGUUGCUACGGAAGGUUAUCCGCAAUACCAGAUACCAAAUGGAUGAGAACAGUCGUGAGUUGUAUUAUUUGCAUCUUAAAUGUAGUGCGUUGUUGACAUCUGGUGACUUCGAUAUUUGUGAUCGUAUUACCUACUUGCAAGCCAAACGCUCUCAAGAAAUGAGUGCAGCGGUUAAACAACAAAAGUAUGAGUCACUGAUUCGAACACAAAAACCGGUAAGUGACAACGAUAAAAACUCACUAGAAACUCGAACGGUUGUUAAUUUGUCCGAUAAGGUAUUGUCACAAGGUGCACUUGGAGUACUAGAGAGAGGGUUGAAUUUCGCUCCUACUCCAAACCACAUCCCUUAUGAAGAAGUGAUAGGAAGUGUGGAGGAAGUAAUAAGACGGAAUCAGAUACCGGCGAGUGAUGCCGAUGUGUUGAGACAGGACACAGCCGUUGCUUUACGUCACGCCAAACUUCCAACGCCAAACAUCACAACUGAAGAAAAGGCCGCACUACGUAAUCUCCGCCAAGAUGAGGACGUGUUAGUACUUAAAGCGGACAAAGGGAAUGCUACAGUGGUUAUGAACGUCACGGAGUAUGAUAAAAAGAUUCGCCACUUAUUAAGUGAUGUAAACACCUACAAGAGAGUGAACUACAACCCGACAGCGCGGACGAAUCGCAGUACACACAAAAUCCUAAAAGAAUGUCAACAUAUACUUACAGAUGACACAUUUAAGUACUUGCUCCGUCCAAGAAAUGUACAACCUCCCAAAAUAUAUGGUCUGCCGAAGGUGCACAAGCCGAAUGUUCCACUGAGACCCAUAGUCAGCCAGAUAGAUUCGCCUACUUACCACCUGGCGAAGCAUGUGGCUAGUAUACUGCAACCAUUGGUUGGACGUUCGACAUCAUAUGUGAAGGACUCGAGGCAUUUUAUUGACAUACUGCAGUCCAUCAAACUUCGACCUAACGAUCUAUUGGUUAGUUUUGAUGUUGAGUCGUUGUUCACAAAUGUUCCGGUGGCAGACUGCAUGGAAGUGGUGAAGUUGAGAUUGCAAGAGAACAACAUCCCUCUCGAGUAUGUUAAGCUGCUUCAUCAUUGCUUGUGUACCAGUUACUUUGUAUACCAGGGUCAGUACUACCUACAGAUUGAUGGUGUGGCAAUGGGCAGUCCAGUGGCUCCGGUGGUGGCCAACAUUUGGAUGGAACAUUUUGAACAGUUGGCUAUCUCCACUGCCACCACAUCUAUAAAGCUGUGGAAGAGGUAUGUCGAUGACGUUUUCUGUAUCAUAGAGGGGAGCGAACAAGAGGUGAAAGUAUGCUUGGCACAUCUAAACAACAUGCACGCGAAGAUUAACUUCACUUACGAGUUGGAAAAUGAGAGGACAUUGCCAUUUCUGGACGUGAAGAUUUUAGUUCGUGCUGACGGCUCUCUAGGACACUCGGUUUACAGGAAAUCGACUCACACUGACCGAUAUUUACAAGCUGAUUCUCACCACCAUCCCAGACAACUAAACUCUGUAGUCACCUCACUCACCAACCGCGCAUAUGAUUUAUGCGACGAGGAACAUCUACAGGAGGAGCUGACACAUGUGAUGAAGGUGCUGCAGAGUAACGGAUAUAGGAUUGCAAAGCACAAGAAGAAACCCACUAAUAGACAUCGGAGGUGCGAGGUUGAGAGGCAACCAGCAUUUAUGCCAUAUGUGAAGGGAGUGACAGAUAAGGUUGCAAACAUUCUCCACAAAUACGCCAUUAAGACUGUCUUCACUCCUUUCCGGAAAGUUUCCCAGAUGCUGCGCUCGCCGAAGGAUAGCUUCCCUCUAGAAAGACCUGGUGUCUAUAAAGUGGACUGUAGUUGUGGCAAAUCAUAUAUCGGUCAGACUAAGCGUACUGUGGCUUGUAGAAUUUCUGAGCAUAUCAGAGCGAUUCCCUUUUUAAUGUGGUGUAGAAGUGUGGACCGUUGGUUAAUAUGCGGUGGCGAGCAAGUAGCUUGUGAGGAACGUGCGGUCUAA